AGCCCUUUCCGGAUUGAGGAGACGGGGCAGAAGGGUCUGGGGAUGUUCGCGACGCGGCUCAUUGAGGCCGGCGAGCUGAUAGUUGCCGAACGGCCAACCAUACUCUCGUCGAAGACGCCCUUCGCCGACUCGUCGUUCAACGACGCCGCUCUCGCCGCCCUCUCAGAGAGCGUGCGCGAGUCGUUCAUGACGCUGACAGGCUCUUGCGCCCCCGGGGCGCUAUCCCAUCCGCUCCUCGGCCGUGCCGCCAUCAACUCGUUCGACUCCGGGCCCAUGGACGAUGCCGAAGAUAAUCCCGUCGAAUUCGCCGCGACAUUCCUCACGUUGUCUCGCGCAAAUCACGACUGCGUGGCCAACACCAACUACCAGUGGUCCAAGACGAGGUGGUGCGGGCAGUUUCUCGCCAAGCGGGACAUCGCCGCUGGCGAGGAGAUCACGGUCAGCUACACCUUCGCCCUCACGCAGGCGGAGCGGCACGCCUAUAUGAAGGCGCGGUACUCGUGCAAAUGCCGCUGCAAGACGUGUUUCAAUGCCACGCCGGCGGACGUGAGGCGCAGCGAUCAGCGUAGGAAGAUGGUCACGCAGGUGCGAGACGCGUUGCAGAGUGCCUUGUACUCCUCCUCGUACGUCACGACGUCAGACGAGUCUCUCCAGCAUGUGCUGGGGUACGCGCGGGAGGAAGGCAUGAUGAUAAGCUACGCGACUAUCGCAUUCCUGGGAAGUCGUAUGCUUAUGGCACGGGAAGGCCAUACGGUGGCGCUGAAGUGGUUGAGGGAGGCCAGACAGGCAUAUGUGGCGACGCUCGGGGAGGACGCAUGGGAGGUUUCUCAGGUUGAUAAACAUGGAAAAAUCAUGACAUCCAGCAUACGGGCUCGCGGCAUUCAUUGCAGCUGGCCUUAGGGGGGCCUUUAGGGGCGGGUCCUCAAGGGCCUUUGAUUUGUAUUGGCCUCGAUGUUAUGGACGUCUGUUCAAGAAUGUACUAGUAGUGACGGUAUUCAUAUAUGUCGCUUGUAUGCAAUCGGAGCAUGGCGCCACAAGUUAUGAUA